UGCGCAAUAAAAGUGCUGCUUGUGAACAAUAUAGAGGUCGCUACACAGUUGCGCAGAAAGAACUUUCUAAGGCCGCUGUCACUCACACCUCACUUUUCUUCUCCAUCUUAAAAAAAUUGCCUUCGAAAACCAGCCAAAAGACUGACAGUGCUUACUCGCACUUGAGCUCUGUAAAGGCUUUGUAAAGAAUAAGUUACAGCCGCUUCCAGAUUCGCCAGCUCAAAAACCACUGGACCUCAUCGAAACAAGGCAAGGAAUUUUAUGUAUCUGCACUUGGCGUUCGUCAUGUACUCGUCGUGUCUCGUUAUAUGGAUGGCCACCGUUCUGGUAGCCUUUGCUCAAGCCGGGCCUACGCGAUCGGCGUGGGCGAUGGUGUUGCCCGGGACCCACAAACUGGUGAUUCGGGACGGCGAGCCGCCACUCGUGACUCCCUCGAUGGCAUCACGGCACAGAGCGGUGGCCUGGGCGAGUUUUCGUAAUGACAUACAUGAAAGUGGUUGGUCGUACCUACAAAUCGAGUCGAACCCGUACGUCGACGACGAGCAGCAGGCGUACGCGGCUGGGGCCCUUGAGGCCUACCUCACACGAGAGCUGAUGGAGAACCAGUGGGCAAACUUGUUUUCACCUUAUUGCAACAACCAGACCGAGUACUGCAGCCGACUCAACGAGUUCCUUACCAAAAACCUCGUGUACACGCGGGAGCAACAGCACAAGUUCAAGGCCAGUGACCCCUUCUGGAACAUGGCCCACCUGAUGAUGAGACAGCUGUCGGGAUUGAACGAUGUCUUCGAGAACGAAACGCUAGACUACACGCAUGAGCUGGUGACUGUAACACGAUCACUCAUAUUUAGCCUCGUGGGUGACCUCUUCGACCUUGAAGGAGUACUAAAGAGACCAUGGGAUUCCAACUCGAUGUCACAGAUUUUGGCUUGCUCGGCUCUCGUCAAAGUAGUGGGCGACUUCGAAGACGUGUACAUCUCUCACGACGCCUGGUUCCUGUACCGAGGGAUGCUGCGAAUACAGAAGCACUGCAUCUUUCCCUGGCACCGCGCGGCUCACCAGAAAGGUGCAGAGGACAUCAUACCGGGUCAUACAAUCACGAUGUCAUCUUACGCGGGAAAGCUCAUUUCCUGGGACAAUUUUUACCUGUCGUCAACAGGUCUGGCUAUCACAGAGACGUCAAUUGUGAACAGCAACCAAUCACUGUGGGACACUGUAUUCCCUGAAAGUGGUCCUCUCACCUGGAUCAGGUCAGCCAUAGCCACUCGCCUGGCUCUCACGGGAAAAGAGUGGGUCGACAUCAUCGCUAGGGACAACAGCGGCACGUGCAACAAUCAGGUUCUCGUACUGGAUUACAAGCUUUUCACACCCGGCACUCCUAUCGUGGACAACACGCUGUGGCUUUAUGAGCAACUUCCGAUGUACACAAGAUCCGAAGACAUUAGCCAGCAACUUCGUGACCAGAGAUACUGGGCAAGCUACAAUAUCGCCUACUUCCCCGAUGUCUUCGCCAUCAGUGAUCAGCUUCCCAGGGUAGAGCAGUACGGUGACUUUUAUACAUUCGAGAACUGCCCACGAGCGAAGAUCUUCAGAAGAGACCAUGUCAAGGUCAACAACAUGGACUCUAUGUUAAAACUGAUGAGGUACAAUGACUACAAGAAUGACCCACUCUCAGUCUGCAACUGCACGCCACCGUACAACCCAACUUAUGCCGUCGCGGCGAGAUACGACCUCUUCGACCCGCAAGGAACGUACGGUAUGCCCGGCAUGUACCAGCACGCUGUCGGUGGAAUUGAUGCAAAGGUGACCAACUACAGUCUGUUCUCAUUGCUGGAGUUCAUUGGCGUCAGCGGGCCCACGUGGGACGACCAGCCGCCCUUUCAAUGGAGCACGACCACAUUCGAGGAUGGUCAUAUUGGGCAGCCCGACUUAUGGCAGUUCGAACCAGUACAUCACAAAUGGGCUCUGUCACGGCUCCAGUGGGGCAAUUCGUAGAAAGCUGCGCGUAUUAUGCGGCUCUGCGUCUUUCUACGUGUUAUUGGCCGUCCCUAUAACAACUUUAUUUCGCACUUUUUUGUUAUAUAGACACGCUAUAAAAUAUUCGUACGCAGAAAAUUAAACGAAACACAUAUCCA